AGAUCUAACAUAGAAAUAUGAAACCACUAAAAGGUUCCAGCACACCAACUGUCAAAGGAAAACGGAAACUGAAUUUGAACGGAGAGGAAGGGGAAAAUGGGACCAAGGUGCACGGAGUCGCCAAGCGCACGCGGUCAAAUAGCACGCUGCUGGCGGAGAAACAAAACCGUAGAUCAACUAGAAGUUGUAACCCGGAAAGUUUUGCUGAAUUGCCAAAUUAUUCUCCAAAAAAGGCCAUAGAGUCCGACUCUCCUCUUCGUCGCAGCAAGAGGUCCUCCACUUGCUCUUCCACAUCCUCGGAUGCGGAGGUUCGUACCCCAACAUCCAAGUCACCAAGGACACGAAGAUCAAGUUUAAGAGGACAACGAGGAUCAGAUGGGAGCAAUAAGAUUGAAGAAGAGGAAAAAUAUACUACUCCACCUGAAACCAAAUCCCCAUCGAAAAGAAACUCCCACCCAACAACCAACGAUGAAAUGUCAUCUAAAAGUAACUCUACAUCUCAUACAGAAGAUAGCAACACAGAAACCCCUAUUCAAAAUGGUGCGACAGAAAACAGCGAUGAUUCCCCCACAAAACUGACUACUGAGUUAACCAACGGGAAUGUUUCCGACGUAAAACAAGAAAAUAACUCCUUGCCUGGAGCCUCUGUCACAAAUGGGGAGAUCCCCAAAACAGAGAGCAAAACAUUGAACAAUAUUGAAGAAGUUUCAAAAAUAAAUUUCAAUUUAUUGAAAAAUCGCAAUGGAGUGUCAAUAUGUCAAAGAAGGGAUUCUGCACUGAGAAAACGACAUUAUUCUGAGGAUUUAUUCACCACUGGUUCGAGAAGAUUACGAAGAUUAUCAGAGCGUGGGGAGAUGGCAUCAGUUAUGGAGUUUGUGUUUAAACAUAAGAAAUCAAUAUUAAAUCACAAAUCACCCAAACAAACACGAACGAAGAAACCUCACAAACGGAAGCCGAGCAUCAGUCCAGCUAAAUCUGAACCUUGUCCUUCAAAUUCUAACGACGCGAAUAACUUUGAAUUUGAGCCGAAUAGCGCGGAAAAAAGUUCUGAAAAUUCUGUUGAAAAAACAGAAAAUUCUGUUAAAGUGGAAAAUGGUGAAGAAACUUCGGAAAUAGUUAACACUGUGAAUAAUAAUGUGGUUAAUGGACAUAUAGAACCUUCUGGUGAAUAUUUAGUUGAGCCUAGGGGGUUGGAAAAAGAUGAACACUGUGGGGGUGAAGAUAGAGAUUUAGUCUCAGACUCCUUGGAUAUGGCAGCAAAACUACAGGAGGAAGAGGACCAAUUCCAGAAGUGGAGAAGAAGAGCUUUGAGAAGUUCUGGAUUAAAAUGUCAACCGGAUUAUUACGCCCUUAGUCUUGACUUAAUGAUACAUAGACAUCGAACACCGAAAAAAAAAAUUGAGAAAAAAGACAAAAAAGAUGAUUCCAUUCAAAAAGAUGAAGAAGACAGGGAAGAUGAUGCAGAGAGCAAAGAUGAAAGUGUGAAAGAGCUUAAGGAGGAUCAAGGAGCAACAUCCGACUCUGAGAUAAAAAAGACGAUUGAAAAAUCUUCAAAUUUCGACCAAAAAUGUGAAAAAGGCGACCAGCACAACAAUGAAAAAGCCUUACCACAUAACUAUGACAACAAAUCACCUAAUCGCCACGGCAACUUAUCCCCCGUUCACCCAUGCCUCUUACCCCAUAAAAGCCCCAUGCGCACCCCACAUGAGUCACCCACUAGAACGAGAGGUAGGGGUCGUGGCCGGGGCAGAGGUCGUGGAAGGGGGGGUUUUCAUCGUUUAAAAGACGUCACCCCUAUUGACACGUUCGAACCACCCCCGUUAUUCGAACAGGACCCUCCAACUGGACCUGAGGUUUAUUAUUUCGAAUCUGAUCAUGUGGCGCUUAAGCAUAACACUGAUUACCACAAUGUACUGAGGACAGCAUCUGUGUUGGAAGCUCAACGUAAACAAGCGCUUGCAGAUCUUGAAACUAUGCAAGAGAAGCUCAAACAAGCAAUGAUGGAUCCAAUUGACUUUGUGGAUAAACUACAGAGAAAGGUUGAUAUAAACUUGCCGACUCGUCAAAACAUUCCCUCCCUCCCUUCUGUUGAUUGGUCGAAAUAUACGUCACAGUUCGGUACAUUUGAUCAUGUGUUUAGCGAUCAUUCAAGCGAAUCCAUAAAACCACUCACCCGGAAAAAAUGCAUUGACUUGGAUACACAAAUGCUAAAUCAGGACAAAGAUGUCCCGUGUUCUUCUACACAAAGUAACAAGCCCACCAAGAAUCGUUCCGACACCUUCAAGAAAUCAUGGACAGUUGAAGAGCAAAGAAAACUUGAGGAACUACUUGUUAAAUAUCCACAAGAAGCCGUGGAGUUUAACAGGUUCCGUAAAAUAGCAGCGGAACUGGGAGCUCGGACGCCUCUUCAAGUUCAAUCUCGAGUCCAGAAAUAUUUCAUUAAACUCGCAAAGGCAGGUCUGACUAUACCAGGUCGCAUGCCGAGGUUGGAUAGAAUGGUCAGUGCUAAACCUAAGCGGUUGCACAAGCACCGUCCACACCCCCAAGCCUCUCUCACACGAAUGUCAACCUUUUUCUCUGACUUCCAUGUUCCUGUUCGUAUGGAGGAGCAGGAGGAAGAAGAGAAAGUGGGAGGAGGAGAGGAGGAGGGGUGGGAACCAGUCAACUGUGACCAGGUUUCAGAUGAAGAAGAUAUCCCACAAGAUCUCAGGUUCUCAGAUGAAUAUCUUGAAAUCCUUCGUUUGAAACGAAAACGUCGCCAACAGUUGAAAUUAUUUGAUAAUAACGGGAGACAAGCCCUAGCACAACAUGUGGGAUAUCAGUGCGAUAUAUGUCAAAGUGAGCCAAUAGAAGGUGUUCGUUAUCAUUGCAUUGAUUGCCCAGCUGCUCAAUCUGUUGAUCUGUGUCAAUCGUGUAUACAAAGGAAAAGUCACUUUGAAACCCCCACCCACAAGACAAACCACCGACUUGAACCCGUAUGUGCGUCCGUGGUUAACAACGAUUGUGAUGUCACACACAACACCUCGUCAAUACUCAGCCCGUUCACCGACGGGGAUUACACCAAGUUUUCCACCGCUAGGAGGCGCCCCGAGUACAACUACCUCGACCCGAAUUAUUUACCCGCUAACCGAUGACAUAGAUAUCUUAUAAAAAGUUACUGUCAAUCAAACCAGCCGUUUCACGUAAUGCCUAAAAAUAUAUAUUUAUUUUUCUAAUUUUGUUUGUCCCUUUUUACGAAAGGGUUUAGGGCCCCAAACCCAGAAAAAUGCAAAUUUUGUCUAAAUUGUCUAAAAAUGUUCAUUAGAUUAAAAAAUAAACUAAUUAUAUGGGAAAAUCCAUUACCGAAAGUUUUUUACUAGAAUCAUUUUUUUUGUGAUUUAUAAACACUUGGCAUUACUUGAAAUAACAUUUAGAAAAAAAUCGUUGUUUUUUGUUAUGCACUGUUAAAUAGUACCCAAGAAUGAGUUGUUGGUUUAAAAUCUUUAUUUUUGUAAAGGCCCAAUCAUAAAUCUGGUCCACAAUGCUGCUUGUGCGUUUCUUCCCCACUAUUUAUGCAGUAAAACAUUUCCGUUAUUGUGUUCUUGCCUUAGUGUACGUUCAAUUUUAGACGGAAAAUGUUCUUUGUUUGUUCUCUUCAAUGUGGAUUGGAAAUUACCAAAUAAAUGAAAUCAUCGUAAAAA